UGGGAGAUUUACUAUUGAUAUUGUACGAUUGAUCUCAUAGAUUAGGUUACGAGGAAAAGAAAGAAAAGGGUAAAUAUGUCCAGCCAGGAAAAGAUAAUACUGGUGCGCCGAGCAGCCAACAACGUAACCUAUAAGAUGAUGACGAAGAAACAAAUGCGCCGAGCAUCACCCUAGCCAACAACCGUCACCCCACACCUCUAAUCUAAUGGAUCUGGUUGCGAUUGAGAAGACAAAAAGCCGAAUUGCUCCGAGAAACCGAGAUGUUCAAGAGGAAGAUUUGGCCAACUACAGAUACCCGACAGAAAGAUGCAUCUUUGCUGCCCUCCCAGAUCGUGACCGCUGGGACAAAUUUUAUGAUGAUUUCAUGCCUGCUUUUGGCAAAUGUAGCAGAAACGAUGGUAUAGUAUGUCGGCACGUCUUUCCAUCGUGGUACACGUACGGCUUCAAAAACGGGAUGCCCGUGCUGGAGAUCUACAAAGUUAGGUUACGUAUCCUGAAUGCGGAAGAGGCAAAGAUAAAGUACCGGGCAGAGAUUUUUAAACCGAGUUUGUUGUACGGUGUAAUUUCAGUCGGAAGUUCACAUACAAAACCUGGACAGCGAAGUGGGGGGGAUUUCUUGUACAAGGUCGAAAGAAAUGAAUCAUCCGCCCACAUGGAAUUCUCAGGUGAUAUGUUUGAGAUUCCGUUGAACUUAAAGCAGCCCUAUCCUCUCCUAUCUGACACAACCAUAUCGGUUGCUCUGAAGCUUAAUGGUGUUGAUUUGAUUGGAUGUGAUCAGGAAGAAGAUGAAGAAUUGAUGUCCCCCCCCUACGACUUUGAAGGUGAAGAAAUCGCUUGUGGCAGAUUGGAUUUUUUUGCUACAGCUACCUGGGAAUUGGUAGAUUCAUCUGUGCUAAACAAUUUAGUCCGGAGAACUCAUUUUGAUGCAACCAGAGAAGAUGGAAAAGGUGUGGUUUGUCCCAAUCCCAUCGCCGUCUAUGUGGAUUAUGGUGUGCUUGUAGGUCUAACAGCUAAAGUCACGUCCGUCACUAUCUUGGAUCCUUCCGUUACGGCUGUGUCCGGACAGAUUUCUGCCUCAUUUUGCUCCAUGGACCCGGAGGUUGAAGUCCUUCUUUUCAAAGGCAGCCAGCGAGAGUUGGAACCAGUUACCCACACAGUUGCCCUUUCCAGAUCAUUCGUCGCUGUCCCUUACACUUCCUAUCUCCUCCUUCAAGUCCAGCUGCAUGAUCAACACGGGAAACUCAUAGUCAGUGGUACUUUUGCCUUCCCUCCCAUUACAGAAUCAAACUUUGUCACCAAAACAGAAAAUAUCAGCAUCUAUGUGGAAUUCCUAGAUAGCCCCCCACAGGCUUCCCCGGAUGCUUAUUAGGGCAUCCCCGUCCAUGAGAUUAUUUAGAGAUUAUUUUGAUGAUGUGGAUGAUAUUUUUUUAGAUUAUGGUUGAGAUGUUGG